GUGUUAUUGAUCCGAGGUCUUGGUUAGUUAUUAAACGGAUCAAUAUAUAUUUUUGCUAACUAUGUUCGACCACUGAGUCACAGUUCGAUCGUUCAUCGAUUGCUUUCCCCUGAACUCAGGAAACGGAAGUGAGAAGGUUCCUACGUCUCAACGACAGAACAUAGAUCUCUUUGUAAAUCCGCCGAUCGCUCAGAUUCUUUUCGACUCCCGUUGGUAAAGUCACGCAGCAACAUGUCGGACGAGGGGAAACUGUUCGUCGGCGGUCUGAGCUUCGACACCGAUAGCGAUGCGCUCAGGUUGGCCUUCGAUAAAUAUGGCGCCAUCGAAAAUUGCGUCGUGAUCAAGGACAGAGAAACGGAAAGAUCUCGCGGCUUCGGCUUCGUGACAUACGAGAACCCGGAGGACGCGAAGGACGCGAAGGACGGCAUGCACGAAACCGAACUGGACGGCCGCCAAAUCCGCGUCGACGCGGCGGGAAGGGGCAGAGGCAGCGGACGGGGCGGCGGCGGCCCGAGAACCUACGGCGGUGAGCGAACCUUCAGCAGCGACCGAAGCUAUGGCGGCGGAAACGACCGAAGCUAUGGCAGCAGCGACCGAAGCUACGGCAGCAGCGGCGGCGGCGGCGGCGGCGGCGGAGACCGAAACUACGGCGGCGGCGAAAGGAGCUUCGGCGGCCGGCGCUACGGCGGAGGCGAACGGAGCUACAGCGGCGACGAUCGCGGCUACGGUGGUGGUGGUGGUGGUGGCGGCAGCGGCGGCCGCCGAAGCUUCGGUGGCGGUGCCGACCAAUCUGACGGUAACCAGUACCAGAGUAGCAGACGCGGCAGUAGCCGUGGCGGCAGCGGCGGCUACUCCAGCCAGGCUUACUACAGCAACGAGUAAACACCGCCCCGGCGCGACGUCCUCACUUUGGCCCGGCUACGUCUCUCAAACACGCGCACUCCUCAAACAAAGAUGGCCGCGUGGUUGCUGAGCUUCGUUUUUUUUGUAAUUCUGUUUUUGUAGCUCGAGCUUCUUUAAAAAUGUAUCCAUCAGUUUUUUUUGUUCAUUCCUCGAAUAAACCAUGUUAACAAUUCCAGUUAAGGACUCUCUGCUUUGUUUAUAUAUUGUAUUCAUCGAAGGUGGUUUUUAUUAACAUCGUUAUGUAAGAGCGAACAACGGCUCCGCACGUGGUCUCCGCGGCCAUUUUACAAAUUGUAUGUUAUACUUUUAUAUUAUCCGAUGGGCUCUUUUCUCUUUUUUCCCCACUUUAUUCGUCCUCAGUAUACUUUUGGGGGGUUUUAUGAGAAAUAAAUGUUCCUAUUAAAACCAA